AUGGCCACAAUUAUAAACAUCAAUCAUUCAACAACGACUGUAUUCUCAACGACGCCACAAGGUCACGACCAUGGUCUCAAUGUCGACCACAAUCCGACAUCGGCCGUGAUCCUCAUCGAGGGCGUGACGCUAAUCAUCAUCUUCCUUGGAGCGUUGGUCACCAAUCUGAUUGCGAUGGUGACGAUCCUUCGAGACAAGGUUCUGAGAAGGAAGUACCAUAACUGGCUGAUCCUGAACCUGAUCAUCAAUGACCUCGGGGUCACGACCACCAGCAUGUUAUUCUCCGUCAUUUCCGUGUUUGACAAUGGCAAUAUCCUGGUCAACAGCGAUGUCAUGUGCCGGAUCACUGGAACCGCAGCUGCGAUCUUCUUCUAUGGCAACUUCUCAACGAUUUUUUUCAUCACCAUAGACCGCUAUCUGGGCGUUGUCUGGUCCAUGCGGUUCCCUCCCUCCAAGAAUCGAACCAUCGGCUUUAUUUUCAUCUGUUGGGUGAUGGCCAUCCUAUAUGCCAUGCCGCCUCUAUUUAAGCUACUUUCCGACUAUAAGUUUCACCCGGACAACUAUCAUUGUACACCUGUAUGGGAGGCCUGUCUCUUCUACAGCAUCUGCUUGGCAGUCAUCUUUGGCGUCAUCGUACCCGUCAUGAUGAUCUGCUACACCGGCGUUGUCUGGACCUUGAGGCGGCAGGAACUGCUGCUUCGGUCUUUCGCCAAGGAAAACUGGUCAGCUACCCCGAAUGGUGUGAGCACUGUAUCCAGCGGGAAGGUGCACAUACCAGCUGAUAACCAAAGUGACCCGGACACCCAGAAGGAGACAUCAAUAGAUACAGUGAUCAAGUUGUCAGACAUCCUCGUGGCCGACGACCACUACCCCUCUAUAGACACUGCCAGUAAGACCUCUAACAGUGGGACACUCAAGAUGCAGGAGAAUGAAGAUGGUGAAAAGGAGAGGGAGAAAGUGAGGAAGUCCACCAGGAAUGAGAAGAAGAGGAAGAGGGAAAAUCCUCGAAUGACGCAGAACAAUGUCCGUGCCAACAAGAGGGUUGCCCUUACAGGAAUAUUACUGGUGAUGACUAUAGUGGUAUGCUGGGCGCCAUACUUUAUCGUCCACUCCUGCUUCAUACCCAUCGACUCCGACCAUUGGAUGGGCGUGGCGACGAUGUGGCUGAGCUAUGCCAACUCCAUGUUCGACCCUCUCAUCUACACGUGCAUGAACAGACAAGUCCGGGCCAGAUACAGGGCCCUGUUUAGCUGGUGUCCAGGAAUCAGUUGCAGAUCUGUGCGAACUGGUUCUAAGACACCUACCCCCUGGACAUCUACCCUACGGAUUACCACCCCCAGUCAACCAUCCCCAAGGACAACUACACUCUAG